UUUAAUUGUAGGAAAGUUUACUUUUUUCGGGUUACAUCCGUUGCGGUGCUCAUGGGUUCCCAUCGGACAGUCCGGGCCGGCCGGACAGCGCUGCUCCUGGCGGGGCUGCUCGUGGCUCUGUGGCAGCGCUGCGCCGCAAGUUGCCCGGAGAAAGACUUGGAGGACAGGGAAGAAGAGGCCAACAUAGUUUUGACCGGCACCGUGGACGAAAUAAUUAACAUGGACCCGGUUCACAACACCUAUUCGUGCAAGGUGAGGGUGUGGCGCUACUUGAAAGGGAAGUCCAAUGUCAACCGUGAAAUUCUCCUGGAUGGCGGCAACAAGUUGAUGAUCGGUGGCUUUGGCAACCCUGGCAUCUGCGACAACCAGGUAGCCACGGGCGACACUCGCAUAUUCUUUCUCAACCCCGCCCCGGAGUCCAUGGGACCAGAACACAAGAACGAACUUAUGCUCAACUCAAGUCUGAUGAGGAUUACCCUGCGCAACCUGGAGGACGUGGAGCACUGUGUGGAAGACAAACCUCCUCACUUCACACCGGCGCAGCCUCCUGAUGGCUGUAGAGGAAUGCUGUGCGGCUUUGGCGCCGUUUGUGAGCGUGACCCAACGGAUCCGGCCAAGGCUGAGUGUGUUUGCAAGAGGGUGGAAUGUCCGUCCUUGGUGGCGCCUGUUUGCGGCUCAGAUUCCUCCACCUACUCCAACGAGUGCGAGCUGGAGAAAGCCCAGUGCAACACACAGAGACGCAUCAAGGUGCUGCGCAAGGGACCCUGCUCUCUGAAGGACCCCUGCACUGAGGUGACCUGCAGCUACGGCAGCACCUGCGUCCAGUCGUCGGACGGCUUGUCGGCUAAAUGCAUGUGCCCCCUGGGCUGCGAGGGCAAGGCCGAGGAGACGGUGUGUGGCAGCGAUGGAGAGGACUACCGCAACGAGUGCGAGCUCCAUCAGCACGCCUGCAAGAACCAGAAGAACAUCCGUGUGCAAUACCAAGGGCACUGUGACCCGUGUAAAGACAGCGAGAACAGCCUGAGCACAAUGUGCCGGGUGGAGACUCUCACCCGCAACACCCUCAUCUUCGGCCUGCCGGAGUCGUGCCCCCCGGGGAGCGAGCCUCUGUGUGCCAGCGACGGCGAAACCUACUCCAGCGAGUGCGCCAUGACGGCGAAGGGCAUGCAGAAGGGCAUCAAGCUCAGGAAGAUCCACGCAGGACAAUGCAGGAGGCUGGAGCAAUGCAAGGAGGAUUGUCUCUUCAACGCCGUGUGUCUGAUUGAGCAGCUGAGCGCCCGCUGCUCCUGCGAUCCCAUCGAGUGCGACGGCACCUACAAGCCCGUGUGCGGCAAGGACGGCCGCACCUACACCAACGACUGCAUGCGACGCAAGGCGGAGUGUCUGAGCAAGGCCCUCAUCCCCAUGAAGCACCGGGGGCCCUGUGAUCUCAACGUCCGGAGCCCGUGUUUGGAUAAGGUGUGCGACCACGGGGCGGUGUGCGUGGUCAAAAACAACGAGCCGGUGUGCGAGUGCCCCGAGGCCUGCCCGCAGACGUCCGACCCCGUGUGCGGGUCCGACGGCCACAGCUACGGCAGCCCCUGCGAGAUGCGAGCGAUGGGCUGCGCCCUGCAGAGGGCCAUCCACAUCCAGCACAAAGGACCCUGCGAUGAGGCUUGUGCCAACUGCUCUUUCGGGGCAAUCUGCGACGCCCAGAGCGGACAGUGUGUGUGUGCAUCAGAGUGUGUGGAGACCCACCAGCCCGUGUGUGGCAGCGAUGGCACCACGUACAACAGCGAGUGCGAGCUGCAUGUGCGCGCCUGCAAAGAGCAGAUGGACCUCCGAGUGGUCAGCCAAGGAGAGUGCAAAACAUGCGGCAGUACUGUUUGUGCCUGGGGCGCCCGGUGUGUCCAGAAUGAGUGCGAGUGCCCGCAGUGCUUCAACGAGGCCUUCUCCCCCGUGUGCGGCAGCGACGGCGCCACCUACGACAACAACUGCGAACUCCUCCUGUCCUCCUGCAUACAGAAGGCGAGAAUUGAUGUGGCAAAGCUCGGCAGCUGUGAUGAAGACUGCGGAUCAGGAGGGUCAGGCUCAGGCGUGGAGAGCUGUGAGCAGGACCGCUGUCGCACGUUUGGAGGCUCGUGGGAUGAGGAUGCGGAGGAGGACCGCUGCGUCUGCGACUUCACCUGCCAGAGCGUGCCUCACAACCCGGUUUGCGGCUCCGACGGCAAAAACUACAGCAACGAGUGCGAGCUGAAGAAGGCCAGAUGUGAGAAACAAGAGCACUUGUUGAUUCAGAACCAGGGACCCUGUGCAGUGAUUUCAGCCACAUCUCUGCCUGAGCUGACAGCACCCCAGCACUGCAGUCUGUCUGUGUACGGCUGCUGCUCCGACAACAUAACGGCCGCCUUAGGAGUCGGACUGGCCGGAUGUCCCAGUACCUGUCAGUGUAACGCCUACGGCUCCUACAAGGGGACGUGUGACCCGGCCAGCGGUCAGUGCUCCUGUAAGCCGGGCGUCGGGGGACAGAAGUGUGACCGCUGCGAGCCGGGCUUCUGGAACUUCCGCGGCAUCGUUACGGAGAACAUGAGCGGCUGCACACCGUGUAACUGCGACGCCACGGGCUCGGUCCGGGACGACUGCGAACAGAUGUCGGGCCUGUGCUCCUGUAAGACGGGAGUGAAGGGCAUGAAGUGCAACGUGUGUCCAGAUGGAAGCAAGAUGGGCAUGAACGGCUGCGACAAAGGACCUGAGGCUCCCACUUCAUGCGAGGAGUUAGAGUGCAGCUUUGGGGCUUCUUGCAUUGAGGUGAACGGCCAAGCCCACUGCGAGUGCCCCGCACCUGACUGCGAUGAGAAAAACAAGACUAAGGUGUGCGGCUCUGAUGGGGUGACUUAUGCCGACCAGUGCCAGCUGAGGACCAUCGCCUGCAGGCAAGACAAGGACAUCACAGUGCAACACUUCGGACAGUGCACAGAAACCAUCUCCGAGCUGGCAGAACGACCAACCCACAACCCCAUCACCACCACUGCCGCCUCCAUCACCACCGCCGCCCCCUUAAACCCUAACAUCGUGUACGGCAUCCCGCCUCCAAGGACAGCAGAGAUAGAGACCAACGAGAGACCCCCGGCUACCACCCCCUUUUCCACCAUCAAUCACAACCGUGCGCGAACAAACCACCGCCACCCCAUCCACACCCAGCCUCAGCCUCCACAGCCGACCGCUGCCACCACCUCCUCCUCCCGCAGCAUCAGACCCACCCCCUCCGCUGCAGUGGCCUCCUUUGAGGGCUCAGGCAGCGGGGAGCCGAGCGGGGAUGACCAGACCGAAGAAGAGGAGGAGCAGGAAGAGGAAGCGGGUAGCGGCAUCCCAGCAGAGGCCAGUGGGGCAGAGGAGCCAUUCGAUCCCACUAUGGCAAACACCACUGUGCCCACAGCUGAAGACAGAUCAUCCUGUGACAACACAGAGUUCGGCUGCUGUCCUGACGGCAAGACACCAUCCAGCACUCCAGAGGGCGCCAACUGCCCCUCCACCAUGAGGUUCAGCGGUUUCCUGCACCUGGACCAGGUAGAGGGCCAAGAGAUUUUCUACACCCCGGAGAUGGAGGACCCCAAGUCGGAGUUGUUUGGAGAGACGGCCCGCAGCAUAGAGAGCGCUCUCAAUGAGUUGUUCAGGAAGUCGGAGGUACACAAAGACUUUAUGAGCGUUCGUGUCCGUAACCUGGCACCCAGCAACUCCAUCCUGGCCUUCGUGGAGGCUCACUUCAAACCAGAUACAAGAUACACGGUGGAGGACAUCGAAGGAGCCCUGCUGAAACAGCUGAAGGCCUCCAAAGAGACCAGCAUCGCCGUGAAGAAGCCGGAGGACGAGAAUAUUCGCUUCACCAAUUAUGCUCUGUUGACAGGACUCUCCUCCAUCCCCUUCUUCACCACCACUACCACCACCACCACGGCAUCUGUCACCACAGCUGCCCCCACCACCACCACCACAACCACCACCGCCGCCGCCACCAGCACCACCACCAGGCCUCCGACAACAACCACCCCCUUCUUCACCCGUCGCCCUACCCGCAGGCCCAUCAGACGCACCACCACAACCUCAGCACCGGUUACCACACCACUCCUCCACACCACCACGCCAGCUAUCACCACGACCACGCCGUUUCCCGCUACCACCGUCGCACAUGUCAAGAGUAAGCUUCCUCACAAGGCCCAGAAGCCAUGCGACUCCCACCCCUGCCUCCACGGGGGCACCUGCGAGGACGACGGUAACGACUUCAGCUGCAAGUGUCCCGCCGGCCGAGGAGGCUCCGUGUGUGAGAAGGCGAUCAAGUACUACAUCCCGUCAUUUGGAGGCCAGUCCUACUUGGCCUUCCAAACCAUGAGCGCCUACCACACUGUCCGCAUCGCCAUGGAGUUCAGAGCGUCCGAGAUGACCGGCAUCCUGCUCUACAACGGCCAAGAAGGCAAGAAGGACUUCAUCUCUCUGGCUCUGGUCAACGGCAGGGUGGAGCUCAGGUUCAACACGGGCUCCGGCACAGGAACACUGAUCAGCAAAGUGCAGAUCAAUCAGGGCCGCUGGCAUCAGCUGGUGGUGACUCGCAAUCGCCGGAACGCCAUGCUCAGCGUGGACAACGAGCCGCACAUCGAGGGCCAGAGUCCACGCGGCACAGACGGCCUGAACCUCGACACCAACCUCUUCAUCGGAGGAGUGCUGGAGGAUAUGAAGCAGGACGUAAUGGAAAGGACAGCGGUGGCCACAGGUCUGGUGGGCUGCAUCCGCUUGCUGGACGUCAACAACCGGGUGCUCAACUUGCAAGAGAACGGGGGCGACAGUCUGUACGGCAGUGGCGUGGGUGAAUGCGGCAACAACCCCUGCCUGCCGAACCCCUGUAAGAACGGCGCCGCGUGCCAGGUCAAGGAGGCCGAGAUGUUCCACUGCAAGUGCAGCAAGGGAUUCUGGGGUCCAACUUGUGCUGAUGUCCAUGACCCAUGCGAGCCCAACAGGUGCCACCCAUCCUCCCAGUGCCAGGUGCUGCCGGAGGGAGGCUACAAAUGCGAGUGUCCCAUGGGACGUGAAGGGAAGCACUGCGAAAGAGUGGCUGAGAGGAGAGGGGCUUACAUGCCAUUAUUCAACGGAGACUCUUACCUGGAGCUGAAGGGGCUCCAUCUCUAUGGGCACGAUCUGCGUCAAAAGCUGAGCAUGACCGUGGUCCUCAUGGCCAACGACUCCAACGGUUUGAUCUUCUACAAUGGCCAAAAAUCGGACGGAAAAGGAGACUUCAUCUCUCUGUCCCUCAACAACGGGAUCCUGGAGUUCCGCUACGACCUGGGCAAAGGUCCUGCCACCAUCAGGAGUAAAGAACCAAUCCAGCUCAACGUGUGGAACACCAUCAACUUGGAGCGCUCAAACCGCAAAGGAGAGAUCAUGGUGAACAAGAAGAACCCCGUCCGAGGGGAGGCACCGAAAUCACGCAAGAAUCUGCACGUAGAUCUUAACCUGAAAGAGUCUCUUUUCGUUGGUGGAGCUCCUGAUUACAGCCGACUGGCAAGAGUGGCCGCUCUCACAGACGGCUUCAAGGGAACAAUCCAAAAGAUCGUUCUGAUGGGCACACCCGUCCUCAGAGAGGAGCACGCCCUGCGCUCCAGCGACGUAGCCAUGUUCCAGGACCACCCGUGCUCUCAGGAGCCCUGCCACAACGGCGGCCUCUGCAGCCCCCAGCUGGACACCUACGAGUGCGUGUGUCUCAACGGUUUCUCAGGGGGACACUGUCAGAACACCAUCUACGAGAAGUCUGCCGGAGAGACGGAGGCCAUCGCCUUUGACGGGCGGACGUUCAUUGAGUACCACAACGCCGUUACAAAGAGUGAGAAGGCUCUGCUGGUGAACAAGUUCGAGCUGAGCAUCCGGACAGAGGCGACCCAGGGCCUGGUGCUGUGGAGCGGGAAGGGCGUGGAGCGCUCGGAUUACAUCGCCCUGGCCAUCGUGGACGGUCACGUCCAGAUGACGUACGACCUGGGCUCCAAGCCCGUGGUGCUGCGCUCCUCGGUGCGUGUCGACACCAACCGCUGGAUACGCAUCAAGGCCAGCAGAGCACUUAGAGACGGCUCUCUACAGGUUGGCAAUGAGGCAGCGGUAACGGGGUCGUCGCCUUUGGCGGCAACACAGCUGGACACAGACGGAGCACUCUGGUUGGGUGGUCUGGAGGAGUUGGCCGUGGCCCGUCGUUUGCCCAAAGCCUACAGCACCGGUUUUGUUGGCUGCAUCAAAGACGUGGUGGUGGACGGCGUGGAGCUCCACUUGGUGGAGGACGCCUUAAACAGCCCCAAAAUAUUACACUGUUCCGCCGCCAAAUAACCCGGCAGAGACAAACCGUAGAGAGAAAUGAAAAAAAAAGAAAAAGAGAAAACCCUCCCACCCGCUCCCUCCAUAGCGCUCAUG